UAGAAAUUCAUUAUAUACAAACACUCUGUUUUUUGUCUCUUUCUUUCUAGUUACCAUCCUUGACUUCAUCUCAACCACGACGCAACCGUCAUCACUCAUCAACAUGUCUCUUCUUCAAUCUUUCGUCGAAGUUCACCCAGACUCUCACUUCCCCAUUCAGAAUCUCCCUUACGGAAUCUUCAAGCCCCAACCAGAUUCUCCCCCUCGUCCCGGCGUAGCCAUCGGCGAUUUCGUUCUCGACCUCUCCGAGAUCUCUUCCGCCGGUCUUUUCAACGGCACUCUUCUAACUAACUCCGAUUGCUUCCUCCAGCCAAAUCUAAAUAAGUUUGUAUCACUCGGAAGACCAGCAUGGAAGGAAGCUCGGACCACUCUUCAAAAACUCUUGUCAUCAACUGAGCCAACUUUGAGGGACAAUGAAGCUCUGAGAAAGAAAGCACUUGUGCCUUUGAGCCAAGUUGAAUUGCUUCUCCCUGUUGCAGUUGGGGACUAUACAGACUUCUUUUCGUCUCUGCAUCAUACUAAAAAUUGUGGAAUCAUAUUUCGCGGACCGCAGACUCCUGUUUUAGAGAAUUGGUAUCACUUGCCUGUUGCUUAUCAUGGACGCGCAUCUUCUGUUGUUGUUUCUGGAACAGAUAUUAUUCGACCAAGAGGUCAAGCUCAUCCUGCUGGAAACCCUUCACCCUAUUUCGGCCCUACAUUGAAGCUUGAUUUUGAGUUGGAAAUGGCUACCAUUGUCGGACCUGGAAACGAACUAGGAAAACCUGUAGAUAUAAACAAUGCUGAAGAUCAUAUCUUUGGACUUGUUCUACUGAAUGAUUGGAGUGCUCGAGAUAUUCAGGCAUGGGAAUAUGUUCCUCUUGGUCCUUUUCUUGGCAAAAAUUUCGCCACGACGAUAUCACCUUGGAUUGUGACCUUGGAUGCAUUAGAGCCUUUUGCCUGUGAAGCCCCGAAACAGGAUCCUCCUCCACUUCCUUACUUGGCCGAAAAAGUAUCCAAAAACUAUGAUCUUUCACUGGAGGUCCACAUUAAACCUGCUGGUCACAAUGGUUCAAGUGUUGUUACGCGGAGUAACCUCAAGCACUUAUACUGGACAUUGACUCAACAGCUUGCUCACCACACAAUCAAUGGUUGCAACCUGAGGCCAGGCGACGUCCUUGGAACUGGGACAAUUAGUGGCCCCGAGCCAGAGUCUCGUGGAUGCUUACUAGAGUUAACAUGGAAUGGACAAAAUUCGCUUUCUUUAAAUGGGUUAGAUAGGAAAUUCCUUGAAGAUGGAGAUGAAGUCACCUUAACUGGAUAUACCAAGGGAGAUGGUUACACUAUUGGGUUUGGUACGUGCACCGGCAAGAUCGUUCCACCAGCUCCUUGAGGGCAGUAUUUUCCAGUGGUGUAGUAUGGUGGAGGUUGUUGUUGAAGCUGUAGAAUCAGGAAUCCUUUCUCCUUAGUAGUUCUUCUGCUGUAAUUUUCUUCUAAUACUUGGAAAGAGACUUGAAUAAAACUGGCUUUUAUGAGGAUUGUUAUGUUCUGUUGUGUGCUAUUCAUUUGUUUAGCAUGGAUCAAAUAUUGAGAUGAAAUAAUGAUUAUAACAUUCUCUCGGGAA